UGCCAAACCAUAUGUGUUUUUAGUUAGCACGUUCAUCUGUAGAAAUGAGUAAACUGGGCCCAAGUGGGCGUAGAAGACCUAUCUAAAAUGGCGGCCGGCCUCUACAUCGGUUUUUUCAACAUGGCGCCCGCGAGGUCACUUUGCGCCCCGCCCUGCAUGCUGCAGUGAGGGGCUACUCGUUCAUUCAGACUCUAUUCCAGCAGGUGUCGCUAGUGCAUAUUUACGUUGGUUUCAAACAUUUAAAAACUGAAGAAGAAGAAAGCUGGUAGCAGAGUUAGCUUGUUGUUGUUCUGGUGCGUGAGGUGAAUAUUUGAGGCUCUGCAGUAAAAAUGUCUUCACUUCAGUCUCUGGGAGAGUUGAUCAGCUAAAGCGACUAACUGCUGCUGCAGAAAUCUUCUUACCAGGCUGUGGAAACUUUCUCCUCCUCAACAACUUGGUGCGAGUUCUUUCCAGAACCAGAGAAGAUAUUCUGCGGUCUUCGUGACAAUCGGAGCUACAAAAGCAGCUGUUAGCUAAACACGGCUAAAGAAAACCUGCUCCCACUUCAGGAUCAUCCAUCAGCUGGGACUGAUUCAUCGUGUUUACUUCACCAUCUGGAUCUGGACAGCAUGGAUACAGAUGUUCAACCAAUGGCGCUGGUUAAAGAAGAGGCACCUCAGGAACAGAGUACGGGUGUGAACCAGCAAGACCCAGAAUACUUCCAUAUAAAGGAGGAAGAGGAGGAACCCUGCACCAGUUUGGACGGAGAACAGCUCCAUUUGAAAGAGGAGAAUGAUGCUGUCGAGUUUCCCUUCACAAUAGUUUGUAUAAAGAGUGAGGAUGAUGAAGAGAACGCUGUUUUAUCACAUUUUCAGCAGCAAAUGGAAGACAGAGACGUUCCAACCAGCAGCUCGGCUGACCAGAUGACAGUGAGUGGUGGAGGAGCAGAAACUAGCAGGAACCCAGAUCUAAGCCAUCAUGAACAGUCAGAUUCUUCAGAGACUGAAAUUAGUGGAGACGAGGAGAAGGUUGAUGAUGAUGUGAAUCUAGACUCUGAGCCUGAAACGGGAGAUGAUAACAGUGACUGGAACGAGAACAAGUCUUCUGAUUCAGUUAAGACUGUCAACAAGUCCUUUAGCUUUCCUGAAUGUGUUAGAGUGAAGCAACAUGUAGAUACAGACAGGAAAUUCCAGAAAGAACCAAAAUCUUUUAGUUGUGAUGACUCUGGAAAAAUAUUUAGCCAUGAGACAAGUUUAAACAGUCACAUGAGAAUCCACACUGGACAGAAAGCUUUUGCAUGUGAGCUCUGUGGACAAAGAUUUAGCCGAAAGUCACACUUAAACAGUCACAUUAGACUCCACACAGGACAGAAACAUUUUGCCUGUGAACUGUGUGGACAAAGAUUUAGCCGAAAGACAACAUUAAACACUCACAUGAGAGUCCACACAGGCCAGAAAGCUUUUGCCUGUGAGCUCUGUGGACGAAGAUUUAGCCGAAAGUCACACUUAAACAGUCACAUUAGAGUCCACACAGGACAGAAACCUUUUGCCUGUGAGUUCUGUGGACAAAGAUUUGUCCAAAUUGCACAUUUAAAAAGUCACAUUAGAGUCCACACAGGACAGAAACCUUUUGCCUGUGAGCUAUGUGGACAAAGAUUUGUCCAAAAGGGAAAUUUAGACAUUCACAUGAGAGUCCACACAGGACAGAAGCCUUUUGUAUGUGAGCUCUGUGAACAAAGAUUUAGUCAUAAGACAAGUUUAAAUAGACACAUGAGGGUCCACAAAGGACAGAAACCUUUUGCCUGUGAAAUAUGUGGUCAGAAGUUUAGCCAAAAGGAACAUUUGAACAGUCACAUGAGUGUCCACACAGGGCGGAAACCUUUUGACUGUGGACUUUGUGGACAAAGAUUUAGCCAAAAGACUACAUUAAACAGUCAUAUGAGUGUCCACACAGGACAGAAGCCUUUUGACUGUGGACUUUGUGGACUAAGAUUUGGCUAUAAGAAAACUUUAAACAGGCACAUGAGAAUCCACACUGGACACAAAGAACUCAUUUAAAAUGGUCAAUAACUUGUUUUUGUAUAGCACAUUCUAGGGUUUUACAUCCCCCUAAAGGCUGAUUCAUGCUUCUCCGUCAGCUCCGCAAGGGACAGUCGCGCACGGAUUGACGGAGACCUUUUGCUCUCAUACUUCUCCGUCCCCUGGGGAGUGUUGCAAAGCAAUUCUCCGGCAGGACAACAGAGGGCGUAGCGCUGUUCUGUGGUAUCCUGUCAUGUAUCCGGUCCAAGAUAGUGUGUUUAUAUAUAUAUAUAUAUAUAUUUUUUUUUUAUAUAAGAGAAUUUUUAACAUGGACAAAUUUGUCUCAUUCUCCACCUCUUCAUGCGCUCGCCACCUCUAAACCCACGUUUCCUGUCAUUUCCGUCCACAAAUAAAAAUUUUUGCUGCACAUCUUUUCACUCCCCCUGUCACGGGGAAUUAAACGUUCAUGUUUUAGAGUUUUUCGCGAGGUUCUCAUCAAGCUUCUCCGUGUCUGCCGCUAGUUAUCCUCGGCUCUCUUUAUGUUUUUGAGGGCGCAAUGGCGGCGGUGUAAACGACAGCGGUGCCCUGACCAAUCACAAGCUUGUGUUCUCCGUCUCGUUCGACGGACGUUUAAAAAGGUGGGCUCGACUCCGUACGUACUUGCGUGCCUGCCGGAAACCUACGCAAGGACGGAUAAUGGCGUUGCGUGUCUCCGCGCUGACGCAGACGUAGAAUCAUGAAUCAGCCUAAAGGGCUUCACAACACAUACAGUGAUUCACCCAUGCACACACACAAUCACAUGCUGAUGGUGAUGAGCUACAUUGCAGCAACAGCUGCCCUUGGGCGCACUGAAAGAAGCAAGACUUACGAUCACUAGCGCCACUGGCCUCUCUGACUCAAUCCAGCUGUCAUGGAGGGUUUUAAUGUCUUGCCUAAGGACUUUACCACUGCGGCAGACUAAAGCUUGGUUCAUGCUUGACGCAUCCACUUUCCGCUUGGUGAUGCGGCUCGUGGAUGGAACGCGCUUCACAACUUGCAGCGUUUAUGGUUCAUGCAGCUUGUCUCUGUGGUGAGCCAAUAUUCUCCCAAACUGUAGGGGGCAGCAUGGAGCUCUAUGGCAUGCAUCCAACACUACACCAUAGUAGAAGUAAAAAUUACUGUUGUUUACAACAUGGCAUUCCAGCAUUUUUUAACAGUGUCCUCGUCUUUUCCGACAGUGCGAGCUAUUUCUCUCCAAGAAUUAUUAACAACAUGUUGAUCACGGUGAUCUCUGAGAGCUGAAUCAUACAAAUGUCUGUAUUUACGAACCUCUGCCAUACUAGUUCUUGCCAGUCCGCCAUGUUUUUCCGCGUCCGACCGUCCACAUGGUUAGAAAAUUUCCUAAGUGCGUGGUGCGGAAUGUUUGGGCUGUGCGGAGGCGCGGUGGAGGGGCGUGGUUGUUAAAAUGACGCAACUUUUCCGCGCGGAGCCGUGCGAACCUCGCAGACGCGUCAAGCAUAAACCAACCUUAAUGUCCUAUUUAAUCUCUGCACUAAGUUGAAUUUAAAUCAGCCAUUGCCAAAGAAAUAUUCUGUGGCUCAGCGACUCCCCUGUAGUCCGUUAGAAUUGAAAAAGAAAGUGUUGACUGCUUGGUACCAGUUCCUUUAUAUCAGUCUUCAACCCUGGCAGGUGCUCCUUACCCCUGAUCAGGUCUGCAUCUGGCCCACUUUCAACUUCUUCCUGGCCAAUGAGCUACAUAACGUGUUCCCUAAGCUCUAGAUUUUUGACUAAAUUCCGGUUUCCAAUGAGAGGUGGUGCUGUAUUGUGUGCUUUGCUCAUCAUUUCACAAUGAUUAGCUUCAGUCGGAGCUGCUGUCCUUACAUUUCACUUACGGAGUGUUGCAGCAGAGAGUUUAGCAUGGCACAUAUCCUCUGCUGUUAAAAGGGUUUGUGUCGUGUAGAAAUAUUUACCUUACCAGUGGUUGGUACUUUGUGAGCUGUAUAAAUAUAAGUACAGUUUCAGUUGUUUAGCUGGUGGUUCCAGGAUUGACCCCAGCUAGGGUGACCAGAUGUCCCACUUUGUGCGGGACAUUCCAGCUUUUCCAAUACUAUUAACAUGUCCUACAAACUCAGACAGUGUCCUGUUCUUAACAGAUGCCUAUUCUGUGUUUAAAGCUGAACAUGUAAACUGAUUGUAUGGCGAAAGCAAUCAGGGCUGUCAAAAAAAACUAGAAGGCUGCACUUCAGUGCAGGUUCAGACUGCAAACACUGAGCACAAUACUGAAAACACUGUAGUGAUGGCACACUAGGAGACUGUUGCUGUUUUGUCCUGUCCUGUCUUGUCAUAGCCUGGCCAGCCAGCCCCAUGCUUCCGUAUGGGAAGCAUUGGGUUUAGGAACUCUCCUAUUCAAAUAACUCCACCCCCUGAGAAUUCUAACCGAGCCAAUCAGCGCUUAGCAGCGUACGUCACACACUGCAACGCUGAUUUUCCGCAUAAAGUUCACUGCAGCUCUUUCCUCUGUUCUAAAUGACUUGAAUGUCCUUAAAACCACAAGAAGAAGCGCUAAAAGCCUUUCUUCUAAAAAAAAAAAAUGGUUGCGCCAUCGCCAGACAUAAUUUUUGACUAUAGCUAAAAAACUACAGCACGGUACAGUCUUAUUUUUCUGAUUGGUUAUUUUUGAGCUGCCUAGUCCCGCCCCUUAAGUGCCUCUCUGCCUGUGGGUAACCAGACUAGUUCUCUGUGCAGGCCUGGCUAGUCUUGUCUCGCCUUUGGUUGUUUUGGCUGUGCUGUCUAGGUUGUUCGUGGCCCGUCUUGCUGGAUCAGCAUGUGGUUGACUCCACAGUGAAAGAAUCAGAGGCCAAGUGUUCGCCCUCAUAGGGUUCAGGCUUGGUGUCAGCUGUUUGUUUUUGUUGUUUUAGUGGUAUAUUACAAAUUUGACUGCAUUUAGUAGUUUUUGAUUUUCCUUUGAUUUGUACUUUUGUUUCUAUGAUUGCAUGCCUUUUUUUUUUUUUUUUUUUUUUUGGUGUUUAGUCAAGUUAGGUCAACAGCUGACUCCCCAGGUCCAGUGCUGGCUGACCAUGCAUGUUCUCCGAGUCCUGCGUAUUUUAAGUAGCAUUUAGUUUGAAAAACUUUGGUAAUAAAAAUUUUCAAUUUUAAUACAAGUCUAUCAGUUGUCCAGUGCAUCCUUGAACCUAUCAGGCCGCCCACUGAAGUUUUGUUGGGAAAUUCAAAUUUUCCUCUAGCGAUAUUUCAUCCUUUGUGCUUACCAUAGUUACAUGAAAGAUGGUCUUUAAAAAACAACUGCUAGCCCAAAACCGAUCCUGGUUCUACUUAUAUUAAAUUAUCUAUGUCGACUCUCCGGGAUAAUUUUGAGCUGAGAGGCGCCGAGCUCUGAUCGUUGACACGCUCCAGACAGCAUCUGUUUUACCUUUAGUGAACUUUGGUUUGACAUCAGUAUUUGCAUUCCAGGAAAGUUUGAUUUACAAAUUAAGCACUGGUUCCCUC